UAUAGAUUUACCCUGAUUUUGAUGAAUAAUACAGUAGCCUUAGUAGUUGAAAACUCUCAAUAAAACGAGUCUUCUAACGUAAUCACGAAGUGGUCUUUGAACCAGGACUACUACCACUUCCUCAGUUGCUUUUCUUGACGUAUAUUUUCAGAAAAAAGCUUCCGAAAGUAAAGCGGGAGGUUCAACUUGAAUUACUUUUUUGGAAUAAGCAUUUUGCUUACUAUUUAACUUACCUUUACUUUCACUCCUAUACGACAAGAUUUCCCUAUACAGAAGUCUUGUUCAGAUAUCAACGUUGGAGUGUAUUAUUAAAAAAGAAAAACAAAAAAAAGGUAUAGUGGCAGAAGAUUCAAAAAAUUGUUUUUUAUUUAUCCGUACAUACUCCUGAAGUUCAUUUAAUCAGCUCUUGUUCCAGAGAUAUCCUAGAGGGAAUAUUAAGCUCAAAAAUCCAAUUGAGUUUUUAUUAUUUAUUACUACUUUAGAACAGCUAAUCUGCUCUGGAAAAUGCUGCGUCCAGCUAUUUUAAGACCCUUGUCACGAUCUAUUAAUGAAAUCCCUUCACGCAUGAUAUACAGCAAUGGCCGUUAUCCUACAAAGCAUUUAUUAGCUCCGAAAAAACAUGCCAUCCUGAGCAAUAUUUCCAGUCUGAGGUUUUCCACAGUUUCAUUUCUUAGGGAAGCACAAAAAAGUACAAAGCCUGUAGAAGCCGAAAAGCAAUUUUUCAAAGCAUCACAAAAGGAUGAAAAGAUAAAAAAUGGCCUGCAGAAGGUAAAUUCAGCGUCAAGCAAGAAAGAUACUGACGUGACGAGCUGGGUGAUAGUUAAAGACAUGAUUCAAUAUGUCUGGCCGAAAGGUAAACUGAAUCUCAAAAUUCGAGUAAUUUCGGCGUUGGUCCUUCUUGUUGCCGCAAAAGUAUUCAAUGUCCAAGUCCCAUUUUAUUUUAAAUCUAUAAUCGACACUAUGAAUACAACGGUUGUCAACGAACUGGGUGCACUUUGGACCUCAGUUGGUGCUGUAGUUGUUGGUUAUGGAUUGGCUAGGAUUUUUGCAACAGUAUUUCAGGAGUUAAGAAAUAGUGUGUUUGCUUCGGUAUCUCAAAGUGCGAUUAAAAGUGUUUCCAGCAACGUUUAUCAACAUUUGCUAAAUUUGGACAUGAAUUUUCAUCUGUCGAAACAAACAGGAAGUUUGACUCGAGCCAUGGAUCGAGGUACUAAAGGAAUUAGCUUCGUUUUAUCUUCGCUUGUCCUACACAUCAUCCCCAUUACUCUGGAAAUUGGUAUGGUAAGUGCUAUUUUAACUUACAAAUAUGGUGUAUCCUUUGCUGGUAUUGCAGCAGCUACAGUUGGGUUGUAUUCUCUAUUCACCGUGAAAACAACCUCGUGGCGAACGGCAUUUCGACGUGAAGCAAACGCGGCCGACAACAAGGCUUCCGCUGUCGCUAUAGAAUCCCUCAUAAAUUAUGAAGCUGUCAAGACGUUCAACAACGAACCCUACGAAUUAAGCCGCUAUUCCAAACAUCUCUCCGCAUUCGAAAAAGCUAAUAUUCGUGUUGCAUCAUCAUUAGCCUUUUUGAAUAGUGGACAGGCAAUUAUAUUUUCGACCGCUCUUACUUUGAUGAUGUGGAUGGGAUGCCGAGGAAUCGUCUCAUCAAACUUAAGUGUUGGUGAUUUAGUUAUGAUCAAUCAAUUAGUAUUCCAGUUAUCAAUCCCUCUAAAUUUCCUAGGCUCGGUUUACCGUGAAAUGCGCCAAGCUUUUACGGAUAUGGAGCAUUUGUUUUCUUUAAAACAAAUUAAUAUACAGGUGAAAGACGCCCCAAACGCAAGAGACUUAGUCAUGAAGGGGGGUUCUAUACAAUUUAAUGAUGUUUCCUUUGCAUAUAAUCCCAGCCGUCCGAUACUGAAAAACUGUUCAUUCAAUAUCCCAGCUGGCAACAAGGUGGCAUUUGUCGGUCCCAGCGGAUGCGGAAAAUCAACAUUAUUGCGGCUUUUAUUUCGCUUUUAUGAUGCCGAUUCCGGUAAAAUAAUGAUUGACGGGCAACCAUUAACUUCAAUUACGCUUAAAUCCUUAAGAGAUGCAGUUGGGGUAGUUCCACAAGACACACCUUUAUUCAAUGAUACAAUCAUGUAUAAUAUAGGUUAUGGAAACCCGAAAGCUUCGAAAGAAGAAAUUAUACAAGCAGCAAAGCAAGCUCAGAUACAUCACAUCAUACAAAGCUUUCCAGAUGGUUACGAGACAAAGGUAGGUGAGCGAGGAUUGAUGAUAUCAGGAGGAGAAAAGCAAAGAUUAGCUAUUUCCCGACUAUUGCUGAAAAAUCCAGAAAUCCUAUUCUUUGACGAAGCUACCUCUGCACUUGAUACCUCAACUGAGAAAGAGCUCCUUCAAAAUGUCAACUCACUAAUCCAGAAGUCAAGAAAAACAAGUAUCUUUAUAGCUCAUCGACUUAGAACUAUAAAGAAUUGUGACAUUAUAUAUGUCCUUAAGGAAGGACAAGUGGUUGAACAAGGAACUCAUGAAGAGCUAUUAGGAAGAAAUGGCAUUUAUGCCUCUAUGUGGCAUUCACAAGAAAACAUAUUGGAUGAUGAGACAUAAACCAAGAAGGAAUAAUCCUUUUUAGUUUAACUUAGAUAAAUAAUUUAUAGUUCUUAUUACUUUUAUUUCUGUGUACUUAGACAUCUUUACCUUUUUUAUUACUAAAUGUAAUCUCUACUAUUGUCUGCGAAGAGGGUUAGCAUUAAAAAUUGUCAACC